AUGGAAACGCUGGAGGCUGCCAGCAGGCAAAGCGUCGGUUUACCCCCAAUAAACCAUCUAGAUGCCGACAACGUCAAGCGAGAAGAGGUGGACUACCAGAGGAAACAUUCGGCACCCGCAAUGGUCAGCCCGUUGCACCCUUUCCCUGGGCCCCCGCACCCAUACAGCAAUCACCAAUCGUCGAAUGCCAGCUCAGUCUUAGGUGCGCUCGGGGGCUUGCUCUCUCCGCCGGAAUCUCGACGAACGUCUGGAGAUGAGAAGGAACAGCGGCCGCCCGCGCGGCAGUCUCUGCCGUCAAUACAUGAAGCCCUCGGAUCGGAACAGCCGCUACCAUAUCCAGCACCUCCUCCGUCUGCCCCCGUUUCUGCACCUCCACCAUAUCUACCACCGACGACAGCAACCUCUCCAUCAGACCAGCGUGUGAGAGCAUUCUCAACAGACCUCCACGGCAGCCAAGGUCCGCCAAACCCUUUCUCGCACCCGCGGAGUCCAUACAUGAAUACACCCACUUCAUCAGCUCCUCCUCCACCCCCUCACUCUCAAGCAGACCCAUUAUCGCGGCCUUCAUUUUCUUCCUCACAGCAUAAUCCUAAACUUCCUACCCUUCACCCGCUGAGAACCACCCAGUCACCUCCGCCGAGUGCUUCCAGGCCAAACGCACCAAAUUCAUAUCCGCUUCAGCCUUCGCCAGCUUACGAAUCAUCUGCUCCGCAUUCUGCUGGACCGAUGAACCAACAUUAUGGCUACUCACAGUAUUCUCCAAAUUAUCCUCUAUCGGCGCCUCCUCCAGGGGGUCCCGGCCAGGCCUACCCUCCUUCUGCAGCAACAUAUUCAGCCCCUCCUCGAUUUCCACCACCCUCUUGGCGAUCUGAUAGUGCAGAGAUAUCCCGCAUUGAAGAAAAGAAGACCGCGCGCUCCAGCCUAGCUCCAUAUGGCGAGUCGGUCAAACGCCACUUAGAUAGUUUCGACGUAGAGGCUUCACUAAAUGAGAUAGCGGAAGGUGCUGGGCGAAUAACAGACUUUUCAAAAAUUUACCGACAACGAGCGCACGAAAAUCAAAGGAUAGGCAUGACUCCACAGUCCAUGCCCGGGCUAGAAGAGCUCGACGAAAUGCUCAAACAGGGCGAGAAGAUUCAGAUUUCUCUGCAGCGUAUGAGAGAAGUCGUUUUCAACCAUCAGCAAGCCAACAUUUUUGAACCUCCGCAAGAUCCCCGCUAUCGACAAAUCAAUGGAUACGAUCACGAAGGACCAAACGUGUAUCACGAAGACACCAAAGGAGGUGGCGGCUUUGCCAGUGCAGACCCAAAGAAGCGACGAGGGAGAGCUGCCCCGCCUGGAAGAUGUCAUAGUUGUAAUCGAGCGGAGACUCCUGAAUGGCGACGCGGCCCUGAUGGGGCGAGAACGCUUUGCAAUGCCUGUGGUCUACAUUAUGCCAAGUUAACCCGCAAACUGGGAGGCAAGCAGGCCAUGGCUAUGUUCCCGCGCAACGUUACGCCGACGACAUAUGGAGACGAGCCAAGUGCCAUUGGGACUCCGCUCGAAUGGCCGGAGGCAGAAAAGGUCGCCAGCCAUGUCCGAUCCUGGGGGAUUGAACAACUUCUCGCCAUAUGGCGGAACGCCAAAGGUAAGGAGAGGGAUGCUCUUCUCUGGGGGGACGAGGUGGAAUACCUCGUGGUGUGUUACGAUGACGACAAGCACAAGGUCCGACUUUCGCUCCGGCAAGCAGACAUUCUAGCAGCAUUAGCUACGGACGAAAAGUUAUUGCAUCAAGGUGGUGGAGUUCCAGAUGUCCAAAGAGGUUCGAUCAGGGAGUCUGAAACCACUGCGCCGGUCUUCCAUCCCGAGUUUGGGAGGUUCAUGCUGGAGGCGACCCCUGGGAAGCCAUGGGGAAUCGGGUUCAAAGACCUCCUCGAUGUUGAACCAAACAUGAAGUGGCGACGCAUGAUAGCCAAGGACCACAUGGCCAAGCAAGAGUAUCCAAUCACACUGACGACGUUUCCUCGUCUCGGUACUUCAGACUGCACGACGCCUUCGUAUCAAGUGUCAGGACCAAAGCUACGCUCGCAGUUUGUGCCUGAUGAAAUCGCUAAUCCACACAUCCGCUUCCCUACUCUAGCAGCCAACAUCCGUGCUCGAAGAGGUAGGAAAGUUGAGGUCAAUGUCCCAGUGUUCAGGGAUGAGAAGACGCCGUGGCCAUGGAAAGAUCCCACUGUCAACUACGAUCUCCAUCAGUGGCCGGAAGAUGACGACGUCCGCAAUGGAGCUGCAAAGGAGAACUAUAUCUAUAUGGAUGCGAUGGCAUUUGGCAUGGGAAGCUGCUGUCUGCAGAUAACUUUUCAGGCCAAGAACAUCGAAGAAGGGCGGAAGAUGUAUGAUCAACUCAGUCCUCUGGGUCCGAUCCUCCUUGCGCUCACUGCAGCGACUCCUAUAUAUAAAGGUUUCCUUGCCGAUACUGACGUCCGCUGGAAUCAGAUCAGCAAGGCUGUAGACGACCGCACACGAGAGGAGCUAGGCGAGGAGCCUCUCAAGCACGCCCGUUGGCGUCUGCCAAAAUCUCGAUAUGCCUCGAACUCGACAUAUAUAUCGCAAGACCCACGCCUCCGAAAAGAAUACCUCGACCCCGAUCUCGUAUUCGACACAGGCCUCAAACAGCGGCUCCUCGACGGCGGCAUGGACGACUUGCUUGCGACUCACUUUGCCCACCUCUUCAUCCGAGACCCCAUCGUCGUCUUCGCCGAAGACCUCCAAGAACUUGACCUCACAAAAGCCGACCACUUUGAAAACCUACAGUCCACCAACUGGCAACACAUGCGGUUCAAGCCUCCACCCCCUGGAUCAGACACCGGUUGGCGCGUCGAGUUCCGACCCAUGGAAAUCCAAAUCACGGAUUUCGAAAACGCGGCAUUCUCCAUCUUCAUCGUGCUCAUCACGCGCGCAAUCCUCAGCUAUGAUCUAAACUUCUACAUCCCCAUCGUCAAGGUCUCAGAGAAUAUGGAAACAGCGCACAUACGGGACGCGGUGUCGACGCAGAAGUUUUACUUCCGGAAGAACCCGUUUUCGUCGCGCCCAGUCCGGGCCUCUGCGAAUGAUCUGGGGACGGCAAGUCCACUGGAGAAUAGUCGUUCUCCAACACCGGUUGGCCCCGUUGAAGACGAGUUCGAACUUAUGACUAUCAACGAAGUCAUCAAUGGCCAAACAUCCUCAGAGGGCGGUUUUCCGGGGCUUAUCCCGCUGGUGGAAAACUACCUAAACAGCAUGAACGUCGAUGUCGAGACGAGGUGCGAGUUAGCACGGUAUCUAGAUUUGAUUCGCAAGAGGGCGGAUGGCACGCUUUGGACCGCUGCCAAGUGGAUUCGGCAUUUUGUCCAGAGUCAUAAGAUGUACCGGAGGGAUAGUGUGGUGGGGGAGGAGAUUGAGUUUGAUCUUGUCAAGGCGGCGGAGAGGAUUACAGAGAUGGAGGGGCGGGAUGGGUUUGGUGGGGAGAUGUUCGGGAGGAGGAAGUGA